AUGCGAUUGACUGUCGGAAAGCGUUUCAGCUAUUCCUCGAUUCGCGGCGCGGCCGGCGUCGCGCCAAAGGCGAUUCUCGAAGGGACCCGCAGCUACUGGGACCCGCAGCGCAUAUACGCGUGCAUGCAGCGACUGACGCCGCUGCUGCAUGGAUUCUUGCGCGCAUGCAUCGAGGAGAGACGAAAGCUGCUGAAAAUCUCCAAGAAUCAAAUCGGCAUCCCUGGGGACGCGCCGCUUCCGUGUCGGACAGUAGUAGCUGCGAACGGUACUAACGGCGAAUCUGUAGCUGCGUAUUUAUGUGCGUCUGUUAGUAAUCAUCGUGGGGAUGGGUUGCGUAAGGAGGGGACGGAGCGGAAAGCACCUGAAGCUGCCCUUAUUGAUGCGUUGUUUGAGAUUGAAGGGGAGGGAGAGGAGCAGAUGGAUAACGACGAGAUGCUGAUGCUCGCGUUUGAAUUGAUGAUGGCGGGUACUGAUACCACCACGGUGACGCUGGAAUGGGCGCUUGCUGAGCUGGCGCAGCACCCCGACAUGCUGGAAAAGGUCCGUGCUGAGGUGGAUGCAGCGUAUGCCAGCGUAACACUGGGUGGUUACCACAUCCCUCCCAACACCAUGAUCCAGAUCAACGCCUGGGCCCUCGCGCACGAUCCAACGGUCUGGAUCAACCCGCACAAAUUUGACCCCUCCAGAUUUCUUGGCCCUGAUGCUCCUGACUUGACCGGGCAAAAUUUCAGCCUGCUGACCUUUGGUUCUGGCAGACGCGGAUGCCUUGGGUUAAAUUUAGCAAUUGACCUGUCUACCCGCCUGCUGGCAAACUUUGUUCACCGGUUUGACAUUGAGCUGCCCGAAGAUGUGCGGGCAGUUGGAGGAGUGGACUUCACAGAACAUUUUGCGCCGACCACAGUGCUGGCGAAGCCGCUCAGAGUGGUGUUGAGGGAGAGGAAGCGAGUGGCAGGGACAGUGGUGGCUGUUGCUGGUGCGUGA